GUUCCGUUAGCAGGAAAACGCGCCUCUCUCUCUCUCUCUCUCUCUCUACCCCAGACACACACUCACACACUCACACACCCCGCAGCUCUGAAACGCACUCUGUGCUACUGAAAAGGAGAAGAGGGGGGAAAAAAGGAGGAGAGAAAGAAAAGCAGAAAAAGGGAGAAAAUCGAAAGUUUGCGCGUGGAACCGCGGGAGAGAAACUCGGCCGCAUCACCGCUGGAUGGGAGAAGUUUGAGGAGCUGACUGCUGACGUCAUAUAUACAUAUUUAUAUUUCUAAAGAUCUAUAUAAAAAAGAAACAUUCUGAAAUUAAAUAAAAAGGAAAGAAAGGAGCGAAAAUGCCGAAAACGAUCAGUGUUCGUGUGACUACGAUGGAUGCGGAGCUGGAGUUCGCCAUCCUGCCCAACACCACCGGAAAACAGCUCUUCGAUCAGGUGGUCAAGACCAUCGGCUUGAGGGAGGUGUGGUUUUUUGGCCUGCAGUACCAGGACACCAAGGGCUUCCCAACCUGGCUCAAACUCAACAAGAAGGUGACGGCACAGGAUGUGCGUAAGGAGAGCCCGCUGUUGUUCAAGUUUCGCGCAAAGUUUUACCCAGAGGACGUCUCUGAGGAGCUCAUUCAGGAGGCCACGCAGAGACUCUUCUUCCUGCAGGUGAAGGAGGGAAUCCUGAAUGAUGAUAUCUACUGCCCCCCUGAGACCGCUGUGUUACUCGCCUCAUACGCUGUUCAGGCCAAAUAUGCCGACUACAACAAAGAAGUACACACACCUGGAUACCUGUCCAACGACAAACUCCUGCCUCAGAGAGUGUUGGAACAGCACAAACUGAAUAAGGAGCAGUGGGAGGAGCGCAUUCAGGUGUGGCAUGAGGAACACAAGAGCAUGCUCAGGGAGGACUCCAUGAUGGAGUACCUGAAGAUCGCUCAGGAUCUGGAGAUGUACGGCGUGAACUACUUCAGCAUUAAGAAUAAGAAAGGCACGGAACUGUGGCUGGGCGUGGACGCGCUUGGACUCAACAUCUACGAACAAAACGACAAGAUGACGCCGAAGAUCGGCUUCCCGUGGAGCGAGAUCCGAAACAUCUCCUUCAACGACAAGAAGUUUGUCAUCAAACCCAUUGAUAAGAAAGCACCGGACUUUGUGUUCUACGCUCCUCGUCUGCGCAUUAAUAAGCGUAUCCUUGCCCUGUGUAUGGGGAACCACGAGCUGUACAUGCGGCGCAGGAAACCCGACACCAUCGAGGUGCAGCAGAUGAAAGCUCAGGCUAAAGAGGAGAAGAACCACAAGAAGAUGGAGAGAGCCAUGCUGGAGAAUGAGAAGAAGAAGAGAGAGCAGGCAGAGAAGGAAAAGGAGAAGAUUGAGAAGGAGAAGGAGGAGCUGAUGGAGAGACUGAGACAGAUCGAAGAGCAGACCAAGAAAGCUCAAGAAGAGCUGGAGGAGCAGACCCGCAGAGCAUUGGAGCUUGAGCAGGAGAGGAAGAGAGCACAUGAGGAGGCGGAACGUCUGGAGAAAGAGAGACAGACUGCGGAGGAGGCCAAACUCACCCUGCUGCAGCAGGCUGAGAACCAGAUAAAGAACCAGGAGCACCUGGCUACCGAGCUGGCAGAGCUCACCUCUAAGAUCUCUCUUCUGGAGGAUGCUAAGAAGAAGAAGGAGGAGGAAGCCACAAUGUGGCAGCAGAAGGCCACCAUGGUGCAGGAGGACCUGGAGAAGACGAAGGAGGAGCUGAAGAACACGGUGAUAUCGGCGCACGUGCAGGAACCCGUUCAUGGAGAGAGUGAUCACGACGAGAGCGACGAGAGCAGCGCAGAGGCCAGCGCCGAGCUCACUAACGCCGCCGCCUACAAGGACCGCAGCGAGGAGGAGCGCAUGACCGAGGCCGAGAAGAACGAACGAGUGCAGAAACACCUGCAGGCUCUGAGCACGGAGCUGGCCAAUGCUCGUGACGAGACGAAGAAAACGCAGAACGACAUCAUCCACGCGGAGAACGUGCGAGCUGGACGUGACAAGUACAAGACGCUGCGGCAGAUCCGCUCCGGAAACACCAAGCAGCGCAUCGACGAGUUCGAGUGCAUGUAAAGUUAGCCCGGAUAGCACGAGCAGCCAGCAGGGGGCGCCACAGCCUGACCACAACUCCACAGCUCAAUACACCAAGCACAGGCUACACAUUAUAGGGGCUACUGUAUCUUUAUAAGGGAGAUCCAUUACGCAUCUUUUACCUUUUUUUUUUGACCUUUAUAAUAAUAAUAAUAAUAAUAAUAUAUGUAAACAUAUAUAAUCUAUAUUUUUGAAACUGCAUGAUGGUUUGAAGAUCAGCUUCUGUAGUUCUCCUGAUUUGACUUCUCUAGACUUUUCCAGUGCCAAGUUAUCCAAUGAAUGAUAUAUUUUCACUUUUUGUUUUUUUUCCUGACAUAUAAUAACUUCACUGAGGUUAUUAUUUACACUCAGUGCCAUGAUGAUGAUGAUGACAAAGAAGCGUCUAGUUUUAUUGUUUUUUUUCUUCUGAUUUAUACCUCUUAACAAAAAAAAAAGAAAAAAAAGGGCUUGUAGCAAAUUUCAUACUUUUUCUAAAAAAAAAGAGAAGAAAAAAGUUCCUGCAGUUUGGCGAAAAAGAAAAUAAUUAUUUCUGAUUGAAUUAAAUUCAGUUCUAGAUUUUAAUGAUAGUGAUAUUUACAGCGUCGUAUCCCUGAGGUCAUCACUCGUGCCAAAUCAGUCCUCGUUUGUAUCAGCAGUGUGUGUGUGUGUGUGUGUGUGUGUGUGUGGUCCCCAUUGACGCCCCUCCAGGACACCAGUGCAGGUCUGUGGUCACUCCCUGCCCUCUCCAAUGCAAUCGAAGUCAAAUAUAAAUCUGUAAUUUUUUUUUUCCAACAAUCUUAUUCUAAUGUUAAGCUUUUUUUUGUUUUUGUUUUUAAGACAUUGCAGUAUUAUUUUGAAGAAGAAAUCUGUAUUAGUAAAAUAAACACACAACAUUGUUCUCUCUCUCCUUGUUGUAGAUUUUAGCAUCGUUUAGCGUGUGUGUGUGUGUGUGUGUGUGUGAGUGUGUGUUGUUUCUACACACCGCCUCUAACACGCCGCCGUGGUUCUCGUGCUGAAUGAGACGCUGCAUUGAUGAAGCACGGUUAGAUUUUAUAUCUCUUUAGCUCUCAGAUAAUCGCCACUGUUACUGAUGUGUGUAAAAGACAGAGACGGUGACCAUCUUCUGUUCGCCGCUCUGCAGGUGCCUUCUGUUUUUUUAGCCAAUCAAGAACAAGAAAAUCCUGCUUUGAAUGUCUUCAUUUAAGCCGUCAAUAAAGUAUUAGAAAAACGCA